AUGCGUGACGCGGUGUCGCGGCAGUUUCAAUCGCGGCUCGGCAAUCCAGACAGAGCAGCCAAAGUGUUUCGCGAGGGGACGCCAAUGCCGACGCCGACGCCAGCUGACGGCUCUGCGCAGCCUCACUCCCUUGCCGACGUCCUCCACGUCCAAGGCCUUCGUCUUUUCUUCAGACCGUCCCUCUAUAUUACAUGGAACCCUCUUAUUCCGAAAGCGCCAAUACCAUCACCACUGCUCCCAAUACUUCCGUCAUCCCCACUACUUCGACCUUCAUCAAGCGUGCUGUACAGGAUGCAAGCUGCCAGAGAAACCCCGAGCACCGAGCACGAGGUGACGUUGCGCAUUCCCUCUGCGCAGACGGGUGUAGACAUUGUCGGCAUUCUGCAUCAUCACCAUUCGACGCAGCAGCAAAGCAGCAAUGUAGCGCUCAUCCUUCACGGCCUCAUGGCGCACAAGAACCAAAGCUAUCACCGCGAGCUUGCCGCCGCACUCCCGAUGGACAGCUUUCGCUUCGACUUUCGAGGCAAUGGCGAGACGGGCGGUGCGUGGGGAAUGUGCAACAUCGCGCAUGACAUCGAGGACCUGCAAGCGGUGGUGCACCACCUGCGCAGCCAGCUGGGCUACCGCAUCGAGCUCAUAGUCGGCCACUCGCGCGGCUCGCUGGAUGCCUGGGCGUAUCUCGGCCGCGAUGAGCGCCUUCGCUGGGACGACGCCACGGACGUGCCCUACCUCGUCGCUGUGUCCGGCCGGUGGGAUAUGCCCCGGGUGCUGGACAGAUACGACAUGUACAAGCCUGGCUUCGAAAAGGAAGGCGUCUUCCGCUGGCGCACGAAGAGCGCCGGCGUGCAGCGAGAGUAUCCGGUGUAUCCCUCGGAUCUCUCGCGCAUGGCGAGGUUUCCCAUCCGUAGCAUCGUAAAGCGCCUGCCUUUGGACACCGACGUACUCCUUGUCCACGGUACGGAGGACCGCACGGUCCCGGUGCAAGACGCAGGCAGCUAUCUGAAAGAGCUCUCUAGUAAUCCACGCCGAUCGCGUGACUCACAGCAGAUCCAGCUCAUCCAAGGCUCGGACCACAUGUACAAGGGCUACACACACGAUGUAGUCGAGCGCAUCCUCGGCUGGUACCACCAGCGCAAGGCGGCCAGGGCUACGGCUCCCGCGCAGGCCCGCCUCUGA